UAUUAAAAGUAAAAUACUUCUCCAUCUAGCAAGUGUUUUUUGCUUGCAUUGGAAAUAAAUAUUAUCCUAAUUGUAGAAGAAUUUAUUAUUUAUUGUGCAGUGAAAUAACAUUUACUUAAGCUGGAAGCUAGUAUCGUACAUAAAUUGUUUGUGUCUCAUUAAAAAGUGGGAAAGUUUGCCAGAGAAAGCCCAAUUGACAAAAAUUUGCUUAUUGUCAGUUGUUUCAACGCACAAUGUCAAUGCCAAUGAGUAAUAUAAAUAAGGGCGGAUAUGUACCACCGGGAUUUGGAGCUGGAUAUCCACCAGGAGGAAAUGGUCCUAACAUGCCUCAAGCGGAAGGGUAUCAACCGUCAGCACCGGGAGCAUAUGGUUUUGUGCCAGGACAGCCGCAAAGUGGUUAUACGCCCGUACCUCAAAUGCCUCCCUACGGUGAGGCUCCACCGAAUUACGGUGGUCAACCAUCCCCAUAUGGUGGACAACAGCCACCUUAUGGUGGUCAACAACCACCUUAUAGGGGACAACAGCCACCUUAUGGUGGUCAACAACCGCCUUAUGGCGGCUUGCCCCAACCACAACCGCAGUUCAAUGGCGGUGGAGGCUUUCAACCAGGACCAGGGUAUGGGCCACAAGGUCCAAUAGUUACGCAACCAGGAAUGCCCCCACCAGCGCAACCAAUGGGGCCACCGGGACAACCAAUGGGACCAGCAGGCGACUGGAUGAGUAUACCCGCCGGAAUACCGAAUUGUCCACGCGGCUUGGAGUACCUUACGAUGGUCGACCAGCUUUUGGUUAAACAAAAAUGCGAAUUUUUUGAAACUUUCUCAGACUUCGAAACAAAAAAUAAAUUCUCCAUAAAAAAUGCGCUCGGCCAAAAAGUCUAUUACGCUGUAGAGGACAGCGAUUGCUGCACGCGUAAUAUGUGUGGCUCCGCACGUCCUUUUGAUAUGAAAGUUUUCGAUAAUUUCCGUAAUGAAGUCAUCCAUAUGUAUCGCCCAUUAGCCUGUUCGCAAUGUUGUUUUCCCGGUUGCCUACAAACAAUGGAAGUAUCCGCACCGCCGGGCAAUGUAAUUGGCACCAUCGAGCAAGAAUGGUCCAUCUGUUCGCCAUCAUUUCGCAUAAAAAAUCAUAUUGGCGAUACCGUGUUACGCAUCGAAGGACCCUUUUGCGUGUGCGGUAUGGCAGAAUUUAAGGUGGUUUCUUUAAAGGGUGAGCCUUUAGGGAAGAUCUCAAAACAAUGGUCUGGUUUCGUGCGCGAAUUUUUCACCGAUGCAGAUAUCUUUGGUAUUACCUUUCCGAUGGACUUGGAUGUGCGCAUGAAGGCUGUGCUUUUGGGUGCCACUUUCCUUAUUGAUGCGAUGUUCUUUGAAGAAGCAGGAAGUAAUUAAGGCAUGUUCUGAACGAUACGACUUUAAAAAAUAAAAAAUGAAAAAGUUUAUAACAAUCAAACCAUA